CUUGUACAACAGGAGCCUCAUGAAGAAUGCCCUCCUGGAAAGCCCGACCGGUACGGGCAAGACGCUAUGCCUACUCACGGCCUCUCUCGCUUGGCAACAACGGAAUUCGGCCAUGGUGGCCUCCAAGCCUGCCCCUACACAGCUUGCGUACGACGAGCGACCGGUCACCGACCUGUCCCGCCCGCGACACGAGCAACAGCCGUACCAGGAGAACAAGCCUGCCUUAGCCGCGGCCAUGCCCUCCGUCAUCAUCUACGCCUCGCGCACCCACAGUCAGCUAGGCCAGGUGGCGAACGAGCUGAAGAACACGGUGUAUCGCCCGAGACUCUCCCUCCUGGGCUCUCGCGACCAGCUCUGCGUCCACGAGGAGGUUUCCCAGAUGAAGGGAGGCGCCAAGAACCACGCCUGCUCGGCCCUCGUCAAGGCCAGGCGUUGCAAGUACCACCGCGGGACGGAGGACAUGGUGGAGCGGGCGGGGGGGGGGGGCGUGGUUGCGGGAGGGGGGGGGAGCGGGCCCCCUGACCAGAGCACGGUGCCCGAUAUCGAGGAGCUUGUGUCGCUGGCUAAGAAGCACGAGUUUUGCCCGUAUUACCUUGGGAGGGGGCACGCACCGAGAGCGGAGCUGGUGUUGAUGCCGUACAACUACCUUCUCGAUCCGGGAACACGACGAGGCAUAAAGAUCAACUGGAGCAACGCGGUGGUCAUAUUCGACGAGGCUCAUAACCUGGAGAGCGUCGCGAGCGAUGCCUCCAGCUUCGAGCUGACCAGCGCGCAGAUCGCGGGCGCUCAGGAGGAAGCUCUGAGGUGCCACAACCUAUGCACCGAGGGGGGCGUGGAUGAGGAAGGAGGAGGGGGGGCGACGCAGGCGGACAACGCUCUCCUCGUGAAGCAGGCGCUGCACCUGCUCGAGGACGCGAUGGAAGGCGUAAAACUCCCUGCCAGCGGCAAGGGCUUCACGCAGAAGGGGGAGUACGUCUACGCUCUCUUCGAGCACGCUGGGAUAACGUUCGACACGGCUCAGGCGUGGCUGGGCAAGCUGCAGGACAUGUCGGACACCCUCCAGGAGAACGCCCUGUACGGACAGGCCAACGCCCUCAAGGUGGACGUGGUCUCCAGAUCCAUCAAGGGGGGGUUUGGGGGGGGAAACGCCUCUGGGGAGGGGGGCCGGGUUUUCGCCCGGAUGUCCCGCUGGCACAUGGCCUCCGCGGGGGGGGGGUCUCCCCUCGAUGGUCGCGGCGGCGGCAAGGGGGGUAAGGGGGGGGUCGGUGUUGGGGGCGGGGGGGGGGGUGGCGGCGGCGGCGGCGCCGGGAGGGUGUUUUGCUUCUGGUGCUUCUGCCCUGGGGUCGCGAUGCAGGACCUAAAGGCGCUAGGGGUGCGGAGCAUCAUCGUGACGAGCGGGACUCUAAGCCCCCUUUCUUCCUUCGGGAACGAGUUGCGACUGCCCUUCGAGGUGCAGGUCGAAAACCCGCACGUUAUUGGCCCUGAACAGACUCCUCUGGCAGGACUUCUUCAAGCCAUGAGUCCUCGGAGUUCCGCCUGGUGGCCGGUCGGUCCUUCUGAAACGAAGGGGAAGGCAAAGGCGUGGAUCGGAACCCUAGGCAGAGGCCCGACUAGCGUGACCCUGAACAGCUCCUACGCCAACAGGGACAACGACAACUACAAGGACGAGUUGGGGGCGACGUUGGCGAACCUUUGCCGCAUCGUGCCAGGAGGCGUUCUGGUCUUCUUUUCCACGUGA